UCAAAGUUUUUUGGAUGAAUCCCCAGUUUCUUUUUAUUGUUAGUAAGUUUACUCUUCAGAUCCUGCUUUACCAUGGAACAGUACAAGCCUCCAUCAGCUAAACUUGCCUUCCACAGCAAUAAGAGGUAUCAUGUGUUUCUGAGUUUCAGGGGAGAAGAUGUCAGAAAGAGUCUGGUUGAUCAUCUCUUUCAAGCUCUCUCCGCAGCAGGAUUGAACGUCUUCUUGGACAGUCACAAAUUGGAAAAGGGGGAAAUUAUAGGGUUAAGCUUGGAAAGAGCAAUCGAAAGCAGUGCCAUACGCAUUCCUAUAUUUUCCAGAGGGUAUGCAGACUCAGCAUGGUGUCUCAAGGAGGCCGCUGCAAUGUUGAAGUCCCCUGGCUUGAUCAUUCCUCUCUUUUAUCAUGUGAAUCCAACUCAUGUUAGAUAUCCUGAAAAUGAGUGCAGUCCCUAUUACCAGUCAUUUCUCAAACAUUAUAGCUAUUCAGGCCAAUACCCAAGAGAAGAGAUUGAGUGGUGGAAGCGUGCCCUUCUACAGAUCUGUCCGUGUCUAAACUUAUAUGACCGUUCAGUUCGAUACCGAAGAGAAGAGAUUGAUGAGUGGAAGCUUGCCCUUCGACAGAUCUGUUCUCGCUCAGGCUGGUCCUUGGAUUUAACUGAAGGCUAUGAAGCUCGGCUAGUAAAGACGGUGGUGAAUGAUCUGAUUAAGACUUUGCACAGAGUGCCGUUAGAAGUUGCCAAGCAUCCGGUGGGAAUGGACAGCUUGAAGAAUGCUCUUAUUCAGAAAUUGAAUCUUCAUUCAGUGGAUGAGGUGGUUAAAAUUGGAAUAUGGGGUAUUGGUGGUAUUGGGAAGACCACAGUUGCCAAGGCCCUGUACAAUCAGCUCUAUGCUGAUUUUGAAGCUGCUUCCUUUGUAUCUAAUGUCCGCAUCACUGCUGCAGACGCCACUGGCCUUACAAAUUUGCAGAAGCAAAUUUUCAAGGAUUUGACCAAAUAUGAUGACAAAGUGGACAAUGUUGAUCAGGGAAUUUCUUUGUUCAGAGAUCGUUUGGGAGGACGGCGUGUGCUGCUUAUUCUGGAUGAUGUGGAUGCUGUUGAACAACUGUAUGCUUUGGUUGGAGAUUGGUUGGAUUCUGGCAGCAGAGUUAUUAUAACUUCUAGAGAUAAACACAUUCUCAAUGUUGCUCAGGUGUCAUCUGAACUUAUCCAUGAGAUAAGUGGAUUAGAGAUAGAUGAAGGUCUCCAAUUAUUUAGUUGGCAUGCUUUUCUCAAAGCGUCUCCAAAUCCGAGUCACAGAGAGCUGUCCAAAAGAAUAGUGGAAGCUUGCAAGGGGCAUCCUCUUUCAUUGGAAGUGAUUGGGUCCUUUUUGUAUGAUAAACAAAAUGAUAUUUGUUGCUGGACAGAAGCUCUUCAUAACAUUACCCUCAACCCAGAAAUUCACAAAAGACUUUAUAUCAGCUAUGGUGCUCUUAGUGAUGAGGAAAAAGAAAUAUUCAUGGACAUUGCCUGCUUCUUUGUUGGAGAAGAGAAAACAUGUGCCAUUGUUUUUUGGAAAUCCUUGUAUAAGAUGGUAGACACUGCCAUCUCAAAUCUUUCAAUGAAGUUAUUGAUAAAGAUCGACGAAGGAGGUGUAUUUGAUAUGCAUGACCAUUUGCGAGAUAUGGGGCGAACUAUUGCUGAAAAAGAAAAGGAGCGUACCCGACUAUGGGAGGCUGCCCAUUUAAGCACCAUAUCAAACAACACCAAUUUCUCUCGCCUUCGAAUCAAUGGAGGCAAUCCACAAAGGCUUGAAAUGUUGUACAGACCUGGUCUUCGCUAUCUUCAUUUGAAGUGUCUGCACAUUAAAGUCAGGGCAAAAGACGCACUGGCCAUGCUUCCUCCAAGUUUGAUAUGGUUAAGACUGGAAUAUUGUGGUUUUGAUAUUGAGAGGAACAAAGCAAGAAAAAAGGAGCCAAGUCACUCAAGAUUUGAGGCUAACAUUUGGCAAUUGAAGAUUAUGCAACUACAAUUUUGCAAUGGAGUUGACAGUCUUACUCUUGACUCCCUGUUUUCACUUCCUAACAUACAACUGCAGCACUUGAAAUUGUGUGGAAGUUUAAACAACCUCCCCAAUGCCAUUGGCAACCUGUCACAGCUGCAGCACUUGAACUUGAGAGGGUGUGAAAGCUUAAAUAACCUCCCUUAUACCAUUGGCAACCUUUCACAGCUGCAACAUUUGAAUUUGAGAGGGUGUGGAAGUUUAAAUAACCUUGUUGAUACCAUUGGCAACUUGACACAACUGAAGCUCAUGGAAUUGAGAGAUUGUAAAAGCUUAAAUAGCCUCCCGGAUACAAUUGGCAACCUGUCACAGCUUCAGCAUCUAGACUUGAAAAGGUGUGUAAGCUUAAAUAACCUCCCUAAUACCAUAGGCAACAUGUCACAGUUGCAACACUUGGACUUGGAAGAUUGUGGAAGCUUAAAUAACCUCCCGGAUACCAUUGGCAACCUGUCACAGCUCCAACACUUGGACCUGGAAGAGUGUGGAAGGUUAAUUAACCUCCCGGAUACCAUUGGCAACCUAUCACAGCUGCAGUACUUGGGCUUGGGAAAGUGUGAAAGCUUAAAUGAACUCCCUGAUACUAUUGGCAACUUGUCACAGCUGCAACACUUUGAUUUGAGAUUUUGUGGAAGCUUAAGUAACAUCCCUAAUACUAUUGGCAACUUGCGAAAGCUGCAGUUCUUGGAUUUGGAAGGAUGUAAAAACUUGAAUAACCUCCCUGAUACCUUUGGCAACCUGUCACAGAUGCAGCGCCUGGACUUGGGAUGGUGUUUGAACUUAAAUAAGCUCCCUGAAACCAUUGGCAACCUGUUGCAGCUGCAGCACUUGGACUUGGGAUGGUGUAUAAGCUUAAAUAGCAUUCCUGACACCAUUGGUAACUUGUCACAUCUACAGUACUUGGACUUGAGAUUUUGUAAAAGCUUAAAUGACCUCCCUAAUACUUUUGGCUACCUGUCACAGCUGCAGCAUUUGGAUUUGGGUCAAUGUGAAAGCUUGAAUAACCUCCCUCAUACAAUUGGCAGCCUAUCACAAUUGCAGCAUUUAGAUUUGAGAUUCUGUAAAACCUUAAAUAAGCUACCUGAUACCAUUGCCAACCUGUCACAGUUGCAGUAUUUGGAUUUGAGAUUCUGUGGGAGGUUAAAUAACCUUCCUAAUACCAUUACGAACCUGUCUCACCUGCAUCACUUGGACGUGAGAGUGUAGGUUUAAAUAAAUGUCUCCCUCACAAUAACAUAAAGAUACUACCAUUUAAAUAAAAAUCUCUCGUUUCGUUUC